AUGGCGAGUCCAAGAACAAGGAAAGUCCUGAAGGAAGUGAGAGCACAAGACGAGAACAAUGUCUGUUUUGAAUGCGGUGCAUUUAACCCCCAGUGGGUGAGUGUGACCUACGGAAUUUGGAUCUGUCUUGAGUGCUCAGGAAAACACCGAGGCUUGGGAGUUCACCUCAGUUUUGUACGUUCCGUAACCAUGGACAAAUGGAAGGAUAUUGAGCUGGAGAAAAUGAAGGCUGGAGGUAAUAGCAAAUUUCGAGAGUUCCUGGAGUCUCAAGAUGACUAUGAUCCCUGCUGGUCAAUGCAAGAGAAAUACAACAGCAAAGCUGCGGCUCUUUUUAGAGAUCAGGUAGCUACAGUAGCUGAAGGCAAGGAGUGGUCUAUUGAAACCUCUCCUGCCAGGAACUGGACCCCACCUCAGCCUAAACUGUCUCUCUCUUCCACUCAUCGUUCUGCUGGGCAAUCUCAGGCUGCAACUGCCUCCUCUGACAAGGCUUUUGAAGACUGGUUAAAUGAUGAUGUCAACUCCUACCAAGGUGGCCAAGAGAAUCGCUAUGUGGGAUUUGGAAACACAGUAAACCCUCCGAAAAAAGAGGAUGACUUCCUGAAUAAUGCUAUGUCUUCCUUGUACUCGGGAUGGAGCAGUUUUACAACUGGAGCAAGCAAAAUUGCCUCAGCUGCUAAAGAAGGUGCUACCAGGUUUGGAUCUCAAGCAAGUCAAAAGUUUUGGGGCUACAAGCAGCAGCCGGAGCCGGCGUCAGAGUUAGGUCAGACAUUAAAUGAAAAUGUUCUCAAACCUGCACAGGAAAAGGUGAAAGAGGGGAAAAUAUUUGAGGAGGUCACCGUGGGGGUAUCCCAGUUGGCCAGCAAGGGAGUUGGAAGUAAGGGAUGGCGAGAUGUCACCACUUUUUUUUCUGGCAAACCAGAUGAUAAUUCUGAAAGACCAGCUGAGGGAGACAGCUACCAGAACAGUGGAGGGGAAGGCUACCAGAACAAUGCUGUAGAUCAAAGCUUCUGGGAGACCUUUGGCAACUCAGAUCCACCAAAAGCUCAUAAAUCUCCAAGCAGUGAGAGCUGGACCUAUGUGGACAAUUCCACAGAGAAGAAGAGCUCCGAUAGCUGGGACGUGUGGGGCUCAGGAACAGUCUCCAACAACAAAAACAGUAACAGCGACAGUUGGGAAAAUUGGGAGACCAACUGGGAAAACGCAGGAGGAGAGAGCAAGACCAAAAAACCUCCUAAGGCAACAAAAAAGGCGUCUUCAGCUGAUGAUGGGUGGGAUAACCAGAACUGGUAGAACUCUGUUAACCCUGUUUUGCACAGCUAGGAAGGGGAGGCUAUGCUGGCUGAUUGAGGGGAGAAAGUUUUACACACAACUGGAGUAUCUUGGUUUACCUUACUGGUCUGUUACUUUUGUGCUUCCCAUUCGUUCUACUUUCUUUUAUCUCAGUUUAGGAAAAAAAAAAAAGCAGCAUCUGAAUCUUUUAUUACAUAAAGGUGGCUCUCUCUUUUUCAAGGGUAGUGAUAAAUUAAUCUUCCCUGCACUA